AUGCUAAUGGUCGUCACCGUUGACCAUAUUCUUAUUACCUCCGCGUUCAACAAGCCGUCUCCUCCUGGGAUCAGCCAGGCAACCGACUGGCCCAAUAAUGCUGAUGAUGGCCUUGACUUCAGCAAGCCCCCCGCGUCUGUUGAAACACUCCAGCUGACCGCCGAGUCGCAGCGGGCCGCCCACAUGAUCCUGCGUCUCAACGACCAGGUCGUUGCCGCCUUCGUCACCAGCCACCUGUAG